CAUUCACAUUCAAACACCUUUAAAAACUUACCUCCCAUCCAAUUCUAAACUCCGAUCACCGGAAAAAUGUCUCCGAUCACCCCCGAGAUUAGAGCAUGUGCAGAAAUCAUCACCGGAGACGACAUUUGCAAAGAGAAGACCAAGUCUUUGCUCAGAGAAUACGAUCUUCCCGAUGGCCUCUUGCCUGCAGAGGAUAUCGAGGAACUCGGUUACGUGAAAGAUACUGGUUUUAUGUGGGUGAAACAAAAGAAAGAUAUCGUCCACAAGUUCGAGAAAGUAAGCAAACAAGUGUCGUAUGCCACUGAGGUCACCGGGUACUUGGAGAAGUGCAAGAUCAAGAAGCUGACUGGCGUCAAGUCGAAAGAGGUGUUAAUAUGGAUCUCGAUUAACGAGAUCUUUGUUGAAAAUCCAACCGCUGACAAGGUCACCAUGAAAACACCCACCGGAAUCUCCAAGAGCUUCCCGAAGGAUGCUUUUCAGGCUUAAGAGGCGAUGAACGAAUGAAAAAAUAAGCAUGUAUGCAACAAAUAAUCGCGUUGAUUUUUAUUUCAUGUACUAAACUUGGUUGUUUUAGAAUUGAUUUUUAGGGGUUUAAUAAACGUUUUGAGUUGUAUCAUCGUGUACUCAAGUCAUUAAAUGUGAUUUAUGAAAUAUAUUGUCUUGAAUC